UUGGAUUUUCCAUAUACAAACAAACAAACAAAAAAAAAAAAACACAGAAAAAACGAAUGAUCAUUUUCAUUAUUGUCAUCAAUGGGAUUGCGUGUAUAAUGUCCAUCAGCUGUUUUGUUGAUCGAAAAAAUUCAAAUGAAUAAUAUCUGGAAUAUUGUAAUCAGUGUUUUAUUGAAUUGUUAACUAAACAAUGGCAACAACUAGAAAUGGUCAUCAUCAUCAACAUCGUGGCCAUCAUCAUGGCCAACGAAUAACAAUGAAUCGUUUAGAAAUUACAUUUCAAGCGAUCCGUAUCAUUCUAGUCAUCUUAUUGGCUAUUAUAUUUAUAAUCAGUACUAUUUAUUUCAUACGUGCUAUCGAUGCAAUCGGUGACGAUGUUGAUGAAGCAAGAGAAACACAUUUUGGCCAUGAAAUUGAAGAAAAUGUCUAUGAAUCGACAAGAAAUUCACGUUUUGAUCCAUAUGAAGAUUAUGGCGAUGAUUACAACCACCAAAAUCAUCAACAUAAUAAAAAGAAAGGUGGACGAUUGAUUAAAAGCGGCCAUCAUCAUUAUCGGGUGACCAAUUCUGAAUUGAAACAACAUCAUAUCAUCUCGUUGAUCGUAUGGGUUGUGCUAACAUUAUUUUGUGCCAUAUUAUCAUUGGCCGGUAUUUUGGGUGCAAUUUUUUUGAAUCCAUGUAUGGUACUAUUCUCGGCUAUAAUGAUUUUGGUACACGCAAUCUGUUCACAUGUGUUGCCCAUAUUUCAUAUAACAUUUCCGAAUAUGACUUCAAAUUGGUUUCUAUUGGCAUUGGAAGUACCAGCGAUCACUUUUGCCAUAUUAUUUGUAUUCAUAUUUAGUUAUCGACAAAAACGUUUUGUUGCUCAAAUGAGACAAAGACGUAUACUCUAUUGAUUUCGAACCAUUUUCAUUUAAUUGAUUGAUCGAUUGAUUGAUUGUUUUAUUUGUUUGAAUUAAAUUACCAAUUUCGUAUUGUUUGCAUAUAAAAA